AUGCCUUCUGCGACUGACGGUACCGUCAAGCGUCGUGCUUGCGAUGAGUGCCGAGGACGAAAGCUAGCAUGCUCCAAAGACCCUGAUGGAUGUGAGCGCUGCAAGAGAGAGAACAUGAUAUGCAACUACUCGGAGCAAAAGCCUAUGGGUCGACCCAGGAAAAGGCAGCACGUAGAAGAACAACAGACUGAACCCAACCCAAAUGCCGACCCCUUUGACGUUGGAAUACACUUCGAUUCUGGAUACAUUGAUACUGAGGCUGAACCGUACUUUACCAGUGGACUGCCUUCUCUUGAUCAAGACUCAGGUGCUGUCAACUCAUCAGACACCACGCCUGAGGAUGGACGUGCUAUUUGGAGUUUCGCUGGGAGUGCUGCAGGACCUCCCAUCAACUUUGGAGAUCUUGGCCUGGAUCCUACCAACGACUAUAUCCCAACCACCCACUCGCUACCAGGGCUCUCAGCCAACUCGAGUGCAUCAGUGACAGACAGUGAUAGCUCAAUAAAUCUGGCUGGGCCGUGCAGUUGUCUUGCAUCGAUGUAUCUUUCUCUGGCAGCUUUACAGCAGCUUCCCACUGAAAUCAUACCUGCUUUACUGGCUGUGCGUAGUGCUGCAAGAACUGCGUCCGAGAGUAUUUGGUGUCCUAAGUGCGGAUCUGUGGCUUUAGACAAUCCCAAUCCUCCAAUGGAUGCAUUUCAAAAUACCAUGCUUUUGGGAACAAUUUUACCUAUCAUAGCCAACGGAUAUCAAAAGCUAUUGGAUAUGGUUGACAGAGAAACGGAAAUAGCCACGGUAUCUGGCCAGACGAAGACUUUCAAGUUUAAUGACUACGGAGGUAUGUGUGGGAAAACGACUAACCUUGCGGACGCUUUUACCUGCUUCGAGAAGACGAUGCUCUUCGAAGCGGUAGAAAUGCCUCCUCAACAGUGGCGUACCACAGUUCGAGCUAUGCUACGUAUUGACAUCUAUGGUCACGAGCAACCCGGUUUCAAGCACAAGGGACUGAGAGAUCUGGUGUCAGAGAUGGAGUUUCGUCAAAAGACUCGCCACGAAAUGUUGGAGGCGCAUCACAGGCAUGGCCUGAUGGCUGCCGACGCUCUUCAAGGAAAGCUCUGCCCUGGUGAAAGGGUUCAUACCUGCUUGGAAGUGCUCAAGGUCGCGAAAUUCGCAAUCGAUCAACUCGUCAUUGCUUGA